GUGCGACUGUAUAUAUUAUUCAAUCAUUUACUAUGAAAGAUUUAAAAUGUUUAACAAAACAUAAAACCGCUGUGUUUGAGAGAGUGCAUGAAUAUUACAUUCCGUGACGUUUUGAGCAGAGAUCUGCUGCAUUGCUUCGGCGCUUCCGCUUGUGGCCACCAGAGGUCUCCUUUGCGCUUUCUUUGUAACAGGCUGCACGAUUCUCUCUCUGUUGUGUCAGAUUACGUCUUCUUUACUCAGCACUUCUGGACCUUUUUGUUGUGUGUCGUGUUACUGAAUUCUGUUGUUGAAUUCUUCAUUUGUAAAUUGUACAAAUGCCAAUCACAUGUCUGUAACCCUAAUCCGUAAAAAGACAGGAAGUUCUGAACAGAUCACAGGAAGUUGCUUUGUCUCUGUACUUUCCCAACAGACUACACAGUGGGCGAUGGUAAAAUACAUAAUAAUAAAUAAAAAAGUUUAAAUGAAAUUCAUACCGACGUUCAUUGUGUUGACGGUGCAGCAGCGCCCUCUUGUGGCGCGCGUCAGAACAGCAGAUCUCUAUGGCAACAUGUCAUAACACCAGCGCGGUUCAUUCUUAACAUAUCUUGAUAUUUCAGAGCAAACAUGUCCCGGACUCAGGCUGAAAGUGUUAUAAGAAACAUUAUCAGAGAAAUCGCGCAAACAUGUUCGAGCAGAGGACCAACUCUGUCUGAAACCCUCAUCGCUUUCAUGGUGAAAGCUGUUGUUUUGGACCCCAGGAAUCAUUUUAAUGUGGACAGAACUCUCACCAAGCAAGAUGUAAAGAAACUCAUAGAGAUUUGUGUGAACAGACUGAUGGAUGAAGACAGUCCCACUCUAAACACCAUUAAGAUGCAGGUUUAUUUUGACAUGAACUACACAUCUCGACGUGAGUUUGCUGACAUCCAGCAGAAGAUCCAGCAGUCACAUGUGCAGUCGCUGAGCAGAGACGUCACAGACACCAGAGCCAGGAGCAGAGAAGAGCUGCACCACCUCUACACAAAGAUAGUCAGUUACAUCAUACAGCGCUCCAACCUGGGCUCAAACACCGACAUCAACACAGUCAGAGAGACCACCGCCGCUCUUCAGAGUGUGUUUCCACAGUCGGAGCUCAGCACCUUCAUGUCUCUGCUGAAACAAGACAAAGAAGAGCAGCUGCAGGAGCUGACGAUGAUCGUGAGCGGCAUACGACUCUUCAACAAGAACAACAGCAGAGGAGGAGAAGCCAUACGCAACGUGCCGGCCGUGCUGAACGAGACGCUGCCCGCCGCCGUGGCAGAUGUGGAGAGAGAACUGAGCUCGUGUCAGCGUCUGGCGUGGCAGUACACAGCCCUGCUGGAGAAGAUCAUGGAGCAGGACACAGACGGCCUCGUCCAAACACAUGUGCUCAAACACUCUCUUUAUAACACACGCCAACACGAGGCCUUCCUCAAGAUCAUACUGGCGGACAUGAUUCUGUGCGCGAGAGAGGUGACGCGUCUCCAGUUCGACCUGACGUCCAGAAUGAAGCUCGUGCAGGACGUGGUGCACUCCAUGUCUGCUGUGCCCACAUCUCAAGUGUUUCCUCAUUUCACAGCGUUGUCUAAACUGUGGGCGGGGCUUGAGGGAGAGAUGAUGUUGCUGAGCAUGCUCACUAACACGGCGUCCGGUCUGAGAGGUUUUGUGUCGGCUCGGUCUCUGCUGAACCCAGAUCAGCUGGAGCGACUGCUGGAGGGAGAGCAGGUGCGAUCAGACAUGGAGAGGUGUUCUGUGACUGCAGGAGAGCGUGUUGUGAUGACGUCGGACAUGAGCGGCUGUGAGUGGAUGUUUCCAGAGACGGCAGUGAACUUUGAGGAGGUUCCUCUGCAGUAUAAAGGUGUUUGUGGCUGGACGCUCGUGCAGAAGAAGGGUCUGAUAGUGCCAGGUAAUCCACACAUGGGUGUUCUGAAGCACCGAGAGAAGUUUUACGCCUUCAGCUCCAGAAGCGCCGCGUAUGAGUUUGCGUCCAGAGCGGACGAAUUUAUAACAGCUGUGACAGAGAUGGCAAAGACAUCAGCUGAGCUUAUACAACUGCUUCAUCUGCAUCAGGAGUUUGCCUGUGUAACACCUUACGCUGAGAUGCAGUCGGGACAGAAUCUGCUGGUGAAGGCCAUCUCUAAAAGUGACAGCAGCACACAAACUGAGAUUCACCCGCUGGAGACCAACAUCGUGAAAUCAUACGAGUGGAACGAGUGGGAACUGAGGAGAAAAGCCAUUAAACUGGCUAAUCUGAGAGAGAAAGUGACACACUCAAUGCAGACCGAUCUGAGUCACAUGAGACGACAAAACAGCACGCAGACGUUCCUUCCUAAAGAUGCCGGCAGUCAGACCAAACGAGACGGAGAGAGUAACGUACCAAAACCACAGGUCUAUCUGUCUGGACUGAGAGGACAAGAAACAAAUAUGAUGAAAGUUAAUUUAACUAGAACUAUGGAUGAAUGAUCUAUGAUGCCUCACACACUGCAAAGAAAAGCAAAUAAAAUCAUUCUGACCGUU